CUUGCCCUUGUGUAGGCUGCGCGUGAGUCACAGCAUCAACAGUUUCCUCCAAGUACAGAGCUACCAGGAGGGGCGACUACGGUGGACUGAAAACCAUCGAAAGGGGGCGAAACAUCGAAUGGAAAUGUUCAGAUCUACAUGUAUACCAUGGACACGGAUAUGAUUCCAAAAUUCUCCUCGAAAGAUGAGGAGAUUAACUUCUGGAAGGCUCUUUCCCUCAAGUACAAGAAAAAUUGCCAGGAGGCUCAGGAGGAACUGCUGGAGUUUCAGGAGGGCAGCAGAGAGCUGGAGGCAGAGCUGGAAACCCAGCUGGGGCAGGCUGAGCACCGCAUGAGAGACCUGCACUCUGAGAACAGCAGGCUCAAGAACGAGGUGGACUCACUCAAGGAGAAACUGGAGCAGCAGUAUGCCCAAAGCUACAAGCAGAUCAACAUGCUGGAGGGUGACCUGGGUCAGACCCGGGGCAUCAAGGAGCAGCUCCACAAAUAUGUCCGGGAGCUGGAGCAGUCCAACGACGACCUGGAAAGAGCCAAGAGGGCUACAAUUGUGUCCCUGGAGGAUUUUGAGCAGCGUCUGAACCAGGCCAUCGAGAGGAAUGCCUUCCUGGAGAGCGAGCUUGAUGAGAAAGAGUCCCUCCUGGUCUCAGUACAGAGAUUAAAAGAUGAGGCCAGAGACCUACGACAAGAGCUCGCCGUCCGAGAGCGAAAUACGGACUUGACCAGGAUGUCAGCACCCUCCUCGCCCACCCAGGAGGACAACGACAAGAUGGAUUCCUCUGUCCAGGCCUCACUGUCUCUCCCAGCCACGCCGCUCACCAAUAGUCUGGACAACGCCUUCGCCAACCCAACAGAGUUGUCAAACGGCCUUGGUAACUCACUAACUCCCUCUGCCAGAAUAUCAGCACUCAACAUUGUAGGUGACCUGCUUCGGAAAGUAGGGGCUCUGGAGUCUAAGCUGGCAGCCUGCAGGAACUUUGCCAAGGACCAGAAAGCCAGAAAGUCUUAUGCCAUCACGGAAAACGGGAACGUGAUCAACGGCAACACAGCCAAGUUCUCCCAUACCCUCCACAUGACGUCGUCGUACUACGACAAAACGAGAGAGAGGGUCAUAUUCCCUGCAUUACUUCUGGCAGGGCGGUGAACGGCCUGGACCCUGGCACUCUGACAGCCAUCACAGCACCCCCUGCUCCCUCCCUCCCUGGCCUCCUGCCUCUCAUCAUGUGACAGUGACAGACACCACACCCCAAUUUAAUCCCCCCCAUACACACACACACCCUGCCAAUGGACAAGGCUAUAUCUUUAAACAGAAAGCAUUGUGAUGACUUCAAACAAGAGAACGCACAUGAAAAUGGCUAGCACUAUUAAACACUUUUCACAUACUGUAAUACUGGCCCCUCUUUGCAGCCACUGCAUAUUCACAGGCUGUCUGUGUAAUUCUGGCCCUUUAGUGCUUGUGCUUUGGUCCUACUGUACAUGUGGCUCACAUUUUAUAUGUACUUGCUAAUUGUUUACUGCUUGUACAUAUAGCCCACUCUACACAGACAUCCAAAGAGGUGCAUCCAAAGAGACAGUAUCUAUGUAGGAUCCUAUCCUCUCUGCAGUCAUUUUUCAAAUCUUUAGUUUAGACAGAAAAAACACAUUAUGCAAUUGAAAGUGUGAUACAGUGAGGGUUUCCGAUAUACAUGUUACCGUAAUUUUAUUUAACUGUUACGAUUUAUCAGAGAUGGUGUAGCAAGUGAAAGAAUAUAGAUUAGCCAGAGUCUACAGAAGAAGUAAGAUGUCUGGAUUACUGUAACACAUUCAUCUCGCAGCAUUGCCUCAGACAAUGCAUAGGCCCUCUCUCCUCUAACUCUCCACCCCUUAUUUGACAUUUCUUAUAAAUGGAAACUAGGGUUAAUGGAUUGGCAGCUGGUACACAUGUGUAGAUGUGUAGCCUAGAACGGUCCUUCACCACGUGGACCUGCUCCUAACAAGCUGACUUAUUGUCCGUCACUAAAGGUGGUUUAAAUCUCUUUUGUCGACCUCCUAUGCCUUUCUGACCUUGAGUUUAACUCAGUAGCCAUCUGAAGAAUUUAAUGUUAGUUUUGUUUUUAUUUAUGUAAUGUGUUCCAAUUAAAAUGCAUUGGUUUAGACCUGUUCAAAAGGGAUGGUGAAGGAAAAUCCUCUGUCUUUGUGUUGAGUGUUCUGGGCUACUUAGUCUCAGCUCAGUUUAACCGUAUGACAACGUGCACGGUAUUGGUCAUAUUGAUCAUUAUUUAUAGAUGUCCACUUGAGUGGUGCUGUCAUGGUGUUUUAGACCACUUUUGCCAGUAUUCCAUUUUUGGAUUUUAACUCCAAGUCUUUCAUUUUUGGUGUUUGAAUUUUCACUGGUAUCUUAUUGUAUUUAAAAUAUCACACAACCCUGUGUUAGCAACCUAUAUUGUAAGUUAAGAGCACUUUAUCCAGUGCAAAUAUUUUCCUUGUAUUUUCACAUUAUUCUAUCGGUUUUAUUCAAGUGCAAUAUUGCCUGUUUGUAUGUUUUGUUAAUUUAUUUCAUUCAUUUUAUGGCAUGAUGUGUUCAAAUAUAUAGGAUGUGACUAUACAUCAAUUAGUCAUAUCAUGAUGUAGGAUCCGUUGUCUUAAAAUGUUGAGAAAAUAAAUAAAUAUAAAGCCAUUCUUCUUAUUGUUUUUAACUUAAAGUAGUCCACAAAGCAAAUUUAGCAAUUCAACUCUAGCCUCAUACCAUGAGCUAAUACAGGUUGUAUAUUGGUGUUCUCCUUGGAUCUAGUUGAGGGCAGCAAUGAAUGGGAUUGGUUAAAUUUAGGCGAGUAAUCCUAAUUAGUUAAGGUUUCAGUAGUGAUUUGGUUAAAUUUAGGCAAUAAUUGUGAAAUUAAACGGCUGGAUUCGAAACAGAAUUUAGCAACCUAUGUUACGCUCUCUGCACCCAGUAGGCUACAAUGUUGGAUUUAAUUAAAUAGAGGGUGUUCAUUAGUCGUGGCUAGAAGGGAUCAAGCUUUUGUCAAAUUAACGUCAGAUUUGUUUCGUAGCAAGUUACAUGGAACCCAAACCGGCUGCGCGCUUGCCCCAUCAUGCAUAAAUGUAUUUUGUCCCCACACACCAAACGCGAUCACGACACGCAGGUUAAGAUAUCAAAAACUCUGAACCAAUUAUAUUAAUUUGGGGACAGUUCGAAAAGCAUUACACAUUUAUGGCAAUUUAGCUAGCUAGCUUGCACGUGCUAGCUAAUUUGUCCUAUUUAGCUAGCUUGCUGUUGCUAGCUAAUUUGUCCUGGGAUAUAAACAUUGAGUUGUUAUUUUACCUGAAAUGCACAAGGUCCUAUACUCCACCAAUUAAUCCACAUAUAAAACGGUCAACCUAAUAAUUUCUAGUCAUAUCUCCUCCUUCCAGGCCUUUUCUUCUCUUGACUUUAUAUUGCGAUUGGCAACUUUCAUAAAUUAGGUGCCUUACUGCCAUUGACCUAGUUCAUCUUUCAGUCACCCACGUGGGUAUAAACCAAUGAGGAGAUGGCACGUGGGUACCUGCUUCUAUAAACCAAUAAGGAGAUGGGAGAGGCAGGACUUGCAGCACGAUCUGCGUCAGAAAUAGAACUGACUUCUAUUUUAGCCGUUGGCACAGUGAGCAGUGUGGCUGCAAUAAUUGAAUAAUAUAGAUUUCUGAAUUUAUUUUGUAAUGCUCGUGCAUGCGAUGCGAGCGGUGUAGUCAGGGUAUUAGUAGAACUUACUCGGCAGGUUGGGAUAAUUAGUUCAAGGUUAGGAAAAGGGUUAUGGGUAGCUAAAAUGCUUUUAUUUUUAUAAAAAACGUAUACAAAAGCUGGAUUCCUUCUAGCCAUGACCAGGUAAUAUACUCACGUUAGCUACGCUGAUUCAUGGACAGUAUAUCCAGGUUGCAUCUGGUUUAUAAGGACCAA